GGCUGUUGGGAAUCUUGAAUGGCUACGUUGAUUCCAUAUCGAGAGCAUUUUAUAGGUUCCUGCAAUGCAGGGUACACUGAAUAGACCCUUGGAGGGGAAAUUCGGCAUCGUGACGGGGGGCUCAAGGGGUAUUGGCGCUGCAAUUGCCGAGAAUUUAGCCUCGAAGGGCUGCCAUCUUCUCUUGGUCUAUACUUCUCCCAGCUCUACAGCACGCACUCAUGAUCUCUGCGAGGGGUGAAAGGCAACAAGCAGUUGAGAAAAUCCUAUUCGCAGCUCGGCAACACUUCGUAGCUCUGCAAGGUAGCAGUCACCUCCAGAUCGACAUUCUCAUAAACAAUGCCGGUAUCUCAGAGAAUAGAUUUCUCAACGACCCCGAGAGAGGCCCGAUCGACGUCGACACGUUCAAUAAGCAAUAUAAUGUCAAUGUGCUCGCACCUCUGCUCCUAACCCAGGCCAUCGCGCCAUACUUGCCUCGCAACCGGUCUGGACGUAUCGUUAACUUAUCCAGCAUCAGUACAAGCCUGGGGCUUGCCGGCCAGAGCGUCUACGCUGGCACAAAGGGCGCAUUGGAAGCGAUGACGCGAACUUGGGCGCGAGAAUUGGGCGAUCGCGCGACCGUCAACGCGGUUAACCCUGGUCCAGUGCUGGGUGAUAUGUACUGGGGAGCCGGGGAGGGGUUUUGGAAAAGAAUGCAAGGGUGGCAGGAUAACACACCGGGGAGCAAUAUGAUUGUCGAGCCAGGUUUUACGGGAACUGGCGAGGAGAGGCUGAGUGAAGAAGACUUGCGGAAGGUUAAGGAGAAGAUGGGAGGUAGAAGACCAGCGUUUACGGACGAGAUAGCUGGGGUGGUGGGGAUGCUAUGUACGAAAGAUGCAGCCUGGUGUACAGGGAGUGUGAUUUGUGCAAAUGGAGGUUUGAGGAUGAGUAUAUAAACCAGUAAACACGCUGCGACUAGUACUUCGAAGAACGAUCAAUGAUAGCAUCAAG